AUGCCAGGUAGUUUAAGUUUCUGUUUAAUAUGUGAAACGAUAGGUAAUGGCAAAUGCAUAAAAAAUGGUACAAUAUGUCAAUGUCUUGAUGGAUAUAGUGGAGAAACAUGUUUAGAUUCAACAGAAGUAACAUUAUUUGAAACUACGACUAUGCUACAAAAAGAUACGCAUAUUGUCAAUGUUAGUGCUGUUAUACUUGGUGCUCUUGCUGGUUUUCUAUGUAUUCUUAUUAUUGGUUUAGUAAUAUUUUUUUUCUUGAGAAAAAAAAAUAAACAGAAGAAAUUGUUAACAAUUUCAUCAUCAACUUCAUGUAAUACAAUACCUGCUUUAUACAAUAUUCCACUAUCUCAACGAAACUCUUAUACUUCAUCUAUGACUUAUCAUGUAUAUGAAGAUUUGCCUUGA